CUUCUUGAUUUAUAACAGUGUUGAAAUAAUUAUAUUAAUCAAUAAAAUAUAAAAUUAAGGUUGUUUCACCACUUUAUAUUUAUCAACAUUAUAUUCACUCUGUCAUUUUGAUUGUCCAGUCAGUAUCGUAAGGUUCUUCUGCUGCUUCUUUGUUUUUUGUUUUUGUAGUUGGCUCUCAUCAUUACUGUUCUGAGCAAGCUAGCAUUAUGAGCAGUUUGCUGUCUGCAUGACCACUCAUCCCCUUUAUGGGUUGUAUCUGAAUAUGUUGAAUAUGUUGGUCUCGUAUCCAAGAAUGAAUGGAACUCUGGGAGCAUUUCCUUAAAAUGAAAGGCUAAAGACACUACUGAAAUAGUUAAGAGCAGGUACAUAGGUGACUUGAGCACACCAAAAUGGAGGUAUAUAGUGGACUGCUUUUUAUUUUAAGAGAAAAAAAGAUAGAAUGAGAAUUAGAGUGGGAAGAUAAAUCUAGACAAUUCAGACUACAAAUAAGGCUACAUAUGUAGACUAUAAAGAUGAUUUUCUAUUGGAAUACUUUGCACAGGGAUCUGUUAGAUUCAGCUGCUAUCCUCAUAUUAAGACCAUAUUUUUUCCUGUGGUAUCGUGCAGCUCUACUAGGAGUUAUAGUUUGAAGCAGAAGUAACUUGUGGGAGCUUGAGGCACGAGUAACAAAGCACUGAUCUGUGCUAUGCAGGUAGUCAGAUAAAGUCCACUCAGGCUUCAUCUUGAAACUAAUCUAGCUUUAUACUUACAGCUAUUAAUGAGAGUGAUAGUAUGGGCCUGAAGUCUUUUUUUCUUCCACAUCCAUGGCAAUCCCUUCCAUUUUGGGAGCAGAAGUGUUGGAUGGCAAUGACAAUAGCAGCCACUUUCACCCUCUAUACUCACAGUUCCUAUUAAUGUAACUUUGCAUGAGUGGUCAAGGACAGCCACGCUCUUUUUUGAUUAUGAGGAAGCCUAUGUUGGCAUGUCAGUGCUGGGGCCCCAGGAAAAGUAUGUCCGAGCAUUGACAUUAAUUGAGGGUCAGAAGCCAAAGUGCUUUGGAGUUCUUUGCAGAUCAAUAGGAUAUUAUUUAUUGAGUUGUAUUUGUGGCACAACAAGCUUUUCUUCCAAAAAUUGGUUAAAAUCAAAUUUGUCUUUAGUCUCAAAUAAUAGGUUCCCUACAGACAAUUGUCAAAUAUUGAAUACGAGCCCCUUCAGCUCAGAUUUUUCCCAACAUCAAGCGAUUGAAGAAGCAAUCAUGUCCCUUGGUUUUUAUUUCUUCAUGGAUCUCAUGAAGACUUGUCUGACUUCUGACCAUGUUACAACAGCAGGUUACCCUUAUACUUGCCUGCAUUCCGUUCAUACCGUGCUUCUAUUCAUAUGCUGAGGUGAUUAUAACACUCAAUUUAUAAGGAUUCAGAGGGUGCAGUUGUAUACAUGCAUAUGCUUUUUGGUUUAGUGCCAUAUUACACACAGUAAAUAAUUCCAGCAUUUGGAAAUGAGUUUUAAUGGAGCCCAAAUAAUAACCAACAGCAUUGUUCUUUAGAGGGGAAAAAAAGAAAAAAAAAGGUAGCUUUGAAACAAAAGACAAAUUUAAGCUUAGCAAUUGGCAGCCUAAAAAAGAAAGUUGGGCAUUCUGUUAGAUGCAUCAUCCUUGUUCAUCACAGUGCUGCCCGAUUUGAUUUGUUCUUUAUUUUGCCCAAAAACAUUUCUGUAAAAGUAAUGCUUAAGUGAUUACCGCCUUUGCCUAAUUUAAGGCUCCCCAUCUGUUCUGAAUGAACUUUCUCCAACAUUACUCUGUGUGCUUUGAAUCUCUUCCCUUUUGAUUUUGCCAUCAUGAACCCCCAGCUCUCACCAUUUAUGGGCAUGGAUGUGUCACUGGAGUGAAACUGCUCUCAUUGCUGGUUAUUCUUUUCUUACAGCUCUCCCUCCCCUCAUGGCUCGUCGAUCUCAAAGCUCCUCACAGGGGGACAAUCCCCUUGACCCUAACUAUCUUCCCCCCCAUUACAAGGAGUAUUACCGCUUAGCUCUGGAUGUGCUUACUGAAGAGGGCAAAGAAAGUUACCAACGCUUCCUUGCAGAGGAAGCAGCCCCUGAUUUUCUUUGCAACUCAGAGGUGGAUCACAUCAUACAGAAUCUCCAGAAACCCCAGUAUGCCAAUCAGGAAGGUAGCACAGACACCGCAGGUGACAAUGACAUGGAUGGAUCCUCUGGGACUUACUGGCCCAUGAACUCAGACCUCGCUGUUCCUGAGCUUGACCUGGGCUGGCCAAUGGUCUUUGGGUUCAGGGGAACAGAGGUGACAACCCUCGUGCAACCACCACCCCCGGACAAUCCCAGCAUUAAGGAGGAGGCUCGCAGAAUGAUUCGAGCAGCUCAACAGGUGGUAGCCAUAGUGAUGGACAUUUUCACUGAUGUGGAUCUGCUGUUUGAGGUGUUGGAUGCUGCUGCUCGCAGAGUGCCUGUGUACAUCUUGCUGGAUGAAAUGAACUCUCAACUUUUCCUUGAUACAGCUGCUAAAUGCAGAGUCAAUCUUAACUAUGUGGAGUUCCUAAGGGUGAGGACAGUUUCUGGCCCAACCUACUACUGCCGCACAGGGAUGUCCUUCAAAGGCCAUCUGAAAGAGAAAUUCCUCUUGGUGGACUGCAUGGUGGUGCUGAGUGGCAACUACAGUUUUAUGUGGUCUUUUGAGAAGAUUCACAGAAGCAUUGCACACAUCUUCCAGGGGGAGCUGGUGGCCAGCUUCGAUGAAGAAUUCAGAAUUUUGUUUGCACAGUCAGAACCUCUUGUUCCUCCAGCCAAUGUCUUGGCAAAGGCAGAGAACACAUUUGCCAUGACUCCCUUUGGCAAUAACAUGCCUUUCUUUCAAAAAAAACCACCCCUGAUGUUCCAGAGGGAUGACAAUCUUUUUCCCUCCUUUAUGGACAGAGUUGAUCCAGACAGGUACUUCCUGUCAAAUUUCAGGCGGGAUGACAUGUUGCGCCAUACUGUGGAGGGGUCGGCCAUGCGAAUGUAUAAAAAGGUAGAAAUGGAGAAUUCUCAGGUGGAUCCUGUCAGGGGUUUUCUCCGUUCCAAGCAGUUGGAGUUGGAUGCUUUUAAGAGACACAGUUUUGCAGAAGGAACAUUUGAAAAUUUUGCUUCUUCUAAACAGUAUGCCAGGCAGAUGUUCAUGAACAAUAUGGAUGAAUUUAAAAUCCAGUCUAGUCAUUUUCAGAAGGAUCAGUUCUACCAGUACCAGUUUGAACAUCCCCAUCUUUCUGGCAGACCUCAGGGACUCUUUGAGAGAAUCCGAGGUGGUAGGCCAGGAUUCAAUGAACUGGAAGACUAUGGAGAGGGACCCAGAUACCCUGAACUUGAACCCAAUUUUCCACAGGAGGGUUUCCCCUUAAGGCUGGAUUACGUACCUUCAAAUUCUUCCAGGGAGGUGAGACAUGGCUCUGAUCAGCUGAAUCCUGCAGGCAAUAGCCCAAUGGGAAUGAUGUUAAGAAGGCAGAAUAUAGGACAGAAAUUUAUUUGUCAGACUUCUCCUACACAGAAACAAAGCCUGGAACAACGCCUGUUCUUACAAGACAAAGAUGAAGACCAAGAUGAAGACAAGAACACACAGGAAAAUAGAACAGGUUUACGUAACUGGAGGAUUUCUUCAUACCUUAGUGCAUACCAGUCCGAACCAGAAGAAGGUCUUCCAAUGCCUAUGGAAUCAGAGGCAUAUAAUGAUGUUCUUGGGGAUACCGUCACAAAGCACCCCACUGACCUCAUCCCAGCAUUCAAAUCCCCUAUGUCUUUUAAUAGCAAGUCACUGGGAAUUGAAAAUGCCAAAGAAUUUGCAGAUCCCGAUAGAGUAGGUGAAGAAACCCCUAUAAUGAAACAAGAUGCCUUUAGGUCCAGAAUAAAUCCUUUGAUUCAGAGGAGCUCAAGACUCAGGUCCUCUCUGAUUUUCAGUGCUGCCAAGUUAGAUCAGCCUAACACCACAAUAGAAAAGGUUCAGAUGAUCCAAAAAGAACAAAUGUCCAGUGAGUUGACAAAAGACAAUGAAACUAUAAAGACAGCCGCCUCAUCUAAAGUGGCAGAACUUUUAGAGAAGUACAAAGCUGUGGGCAAAGACACAGAGCGAGCUACAGUCACUCAUACCAAAGCUGUUUCCAGUUAUCUACAGGAAGAAUCACAGAACACAGAGAAGAAAUGUACCAAAUCUGUGCAAUAUAAGAUUCUGGAGAGUAGGGUACUAGACUCCAAAGACUCCUGCAGUACUUACAAAGUGCAUGGAGAGGCUGACAGACCAUUCGGAAUGGCCUCAUCAACCCCACAGCUUGCUGACACAUUGAGUAAAGAUCCCCUAGCACAUAUUAGCACUAAGGUGGACAAAUUAUCAUCUCGGUUUUACUCCAUAGAGAAUAAAUCUGCUCUUCCAGAGAAGGAGAGUCUUAUAUUUGUAGGAGACACUCAGAAACUGACUCUUCCAGAGAAGAAGGAAAGAGUGACAUUCAAAGAAGACACGCAAAAAUUAGUCAAUACAGAACUGAAGAAACCACAGGUUAGGACAAGUACCACAUCAGUUCUUGAAAACUUAUCUAGAAGUCAAGGAUCUGACAGCUCUCUCAAUAAAUCUGAGGAAGACUGUUCAAAACAAGAACAAAAUCCAAUGGAAUUUUUAAGAAAAGGGUCACUACGGCUGAAGCAGCUUUUGAACCCAAAAGGUGAAAAGCAAUCGGAGGAGGAAUCCACUUCUGAGAGUGGAAAAUCUGACAAGCAGGCUGUGGUUCUCAAACGAUCUUCCAUAGGAGAUUGUCAGGAAAUGAUGGAGGAAGAAAAAAACCAUAAAUUUGCAACACCACUUCCUCCCAAAAGCAGCCAGCCAACACAGGGGAGAUUUCCUUCAUCCACAGCUAACAUCCUGUACAGCAGCAACCUCCGUGAUGAUACCAAGGUGAUUUUGGAACAAAUCUCUGCAAACAGUCAGAAGAACAGAGCUGAACUGGCCAAGCAACUACCAUCCACUAGUAAUCCUGAUCUUUCUAAGUCAACUACAAGCUUGGAAAGGAAAGGUGAGAAGGAGAAAAGCUGUAACAUCCACAGGUCAGAGAGCUUUGGGAGCCAGAAACGAAAUCUUCAGCGGCAACCAUCAGAGGAUAGAGAUACCCUUCUGAAAAAAAUGGAGAAUAUGCGGAAGGAGAAGCGAGUCUACAGUAGAUUUGAGGUCUUCUGCAAAAAGGAUGAACAUACAAGUCAAAGUGAAGAGGAAUAUGACACAGAUGCCAAAGACAAGAAGAUGGGAAAAUUCAUGCCCAAAAUCCUGGGGACCUUCAAGACCAAAAAAUGAUCAUAGAAAUACUAUUUAAUUCCAUAUAAUCACUGACUGUCAAAGGGGAAUGAGGAAUUAACUUGUUUAUGAUGGCUAUAAGCAUCAUAGGCAAUACUCUUCAUGGUUAGUGAGUGGAAAUGUGUUCAGCAUUAGACUCUUAUCGCACAAAUUGCCCAAUAAAGUCAUGUGGUAUCAGGCAACCUUAUCACAGUAUGUUUCAAAUAAAAUUAUUAAAUUGCCAAGAUGCUUAAAACAAAGAAAUAAAGUAAGAGUCUCUUUAUGUUAUGCUCAGGGAAUAUUUUCAGCAGACAAAACAAUUUCAAUUUCAGAAGGAAAGAAUAAAAAAUAAAGAAUUCAAUUUCUGAGUUCAGUCCAGGAAAGAAAAAUACACACAGACACAAACACACACGUGCGCAUGUGCAUUAACUGGAAAAAGUGUUUAAAAACCAUUUGUUUCUCAGGUACAGUUAUCUUUUCUUUGUAUCUUAUAACGAAUCAAAUACUGGAGGCACCUUUUUGAAGGUUUACAGGAGAAAAAAAUAUUAUAAACAACUUUUUGCCCUUAUCUAUGGUUAUGGUCUUGUCUAGCAGUACAUGGUCAGCUUUCAUAUUUACCAUUUUCCAAGCCUAUUGAUUCUGGUUUGUUAUUGGUUUGUUUCCUUAUGUGUAAUGGAAGUAUUGCUUUAGGGGGUGAGCUGAAAGCAGCAGCUGAAAGGCCAUAAAAAAGGAAAUUGCCAUGCUAUUAAUGGAGAAAGACCUGUUUUUAGGACUCCUUUUCAGCUGAGUCAGGAGUUUAAUUAAGCAUCUAAAAUGCUGUCUUGGCUAAGUAGUAACUUCCUUGACAAUGUAACUCCAAUUCAUGAAGUGAUUGUGCGGAGGAGGGCACGUUCAUUUGUUAGCACAUCUUUCCACGUGAAGACAAGGAAAGAAGGGACUCAUAACAAUGGAAGGAAUAAGGCUGCUGGAAUUUUCAAGCUCAGAAGUGUUUUAUCUCAUGUAACUUUCUUGUAGUAGUUUGGUACCAAGCUUAACCAUGCAGCUUUAAAACAGUUCAGAUUAGCCUGUAGGUUCAUGCUGUUGUGUUAUAGUGUCUUGCAGGACAGAAGGUAGAGACAGAGGCUAUCAAGAAAAUGCUGUACAUCAUGUUUAGUUACUUAGCUGUUUGGGUUUUUUCCCCAGCUUGGACUGUCUCUGCUUGGCAUCCAUCAGGAUUGCCAAAUUGGGAUUUUUUUUUUUCCUGAUCUUUGUGCGUAG